GAGGGGAAGGUCGAGCUGGGUCAGGGGCAGUGCGUGUCGGGGCGAGGGGCGGGGGUCUGGGCAGUGAAUGCGAGGGGGGACGCGGAGUGGUCUUGCCCUUGGGGAUUCCCGCGGUCCGAAGGGAGAGGACACCAACACCAGGCUGAGCUCCACCCUUUGGAUGCCAAGAAAGUGCCUGUUGCUGCUGCGCUCUGGAUUCAAGCUCCCUGUCCUCGCCCAAUUCCGUGACCCAGCAGGCACCAGGCGCGGCAGGCCUGGGACCAUGGCUGUCUCCUCUUCUUCUCGGAGUCUGCCCCUGGUAGCAGUGUGCCAGGUGACAUCCACACCAGAUAAGGAAAAGACCUUCGCAGCCUGUUCAGGAUUGGUUCAGGAAGCUGCCAGGUUGGGUGCUUGCCUGGCCUUCCUGCCUGAGGCCUUUGACUUUAUCGCUCGUGACCCAGCAGAGACACUUCGGCUGUCUGAGCCACUGGAUGGGGAUCUUGUGAAUCGCUAUGCCCGACUUGCCAGGGAAUGUGGGCUCUGGAUAUCCCUUGGUGGUUUUCAUGAACGUGGCAAAGACUGGGAGCAGACUCGGCGCAUCUAUAACUGUCACGUGCUCCUGGACAGUAAGGGCUCUAUUGUGGCCACAUAUAGGAAGACACACCUCUGUGAUGUGGAGCUUCCAGGACAGGGACCCAUGUGUGAGAGCAGCUCUACUGUACCUGGGCCCACUCUUGGGUCACCUGUCAGUACACCAGCUGGCAAGGUAGGCCUGGCCAUCUGCUACGACUUGCGUUUUCCAGAACUCUCCCUUGCACUGGCCCAGGAUGGUGCUGAAAUCCUCACCUACCCUUCAGCCUUUGGUUCAGUCACAGGACCAGCCCACUGGGAGGUGCUGCUCCGGGCUCGGGCCAUCGAGACGCAGUGCUAUGUGGUUGCAGCUGCACAGUGGGGACAGCACCAUGAAAAAAGGGGGAGCUAUGGACAUAGUAUGGUGGUAGACCCCUGGGGAGUGGUGGUGGCACGAUGUUCUGAGGGGCCAGGCCUCUGCCUUGCUCACAUUGACCUGGGCUAUCUGCGCCAAGUACGCCAGCACAUGCCUGUGACCAAGCACCGAAGGCCUGACCUGUAUGGUAAUUUGGGUCGCUCAGAUCUUAACACCUGCUGCUGACUGAACUGGGGUCCUCUUCUGGACCCGUGAGGAUCUGUGGCUUGGAGGCAGGACCCCAGGCCACCAAAGAACCUCUACUCCCUUUGAGGCAUCCAGGUUCAACCUGUUGUAAAGCCCCCCAAAAAUGCUUUUAUGAACUCAGACUUUAGUUGCGUAUAGAUGGGCUCUUAAAUCACUAUUUUAUAAAAACUAAAGCUACACCAUGAUCUAAGCUGCACUGACAUUGAAAAAAAUAUAGUCAUGAAAUCCCAA